GCUUUCAUAGUGAAUCCUACGAUAUAAUAAGGCUAUGAAUAUCUUCACUCCCAUCCGACGAAGAGCUCGGUAGUUUCCGAGUCUGUGUAAACAACCAAAUCUGAUAAUUUCACGGAAGAAUUCUUUCUCAAUAUGAGUGUAUCAAUCAUCACAAAAACCGUUCCGAAUUAUUUCUUCUGUAUUCUCCUUUCGGUUUGAUUCCAAUCUUCUGCAAUAUCUCUGGUCGCAUUACAAAGCAAAAACCAUACAGAGGCUCAAGCAGGCCACUCCACUGCUUUCCAACCCCGCAUCCUCAUAUUAUACACCAUGCCUCCCAGUAUUCUUCCAGAUGGCAUGGUACAAAAUCUACUCGAUUUCAUUCGCGAGGCAGUUCCGGUUUUCCAUGAAGCAAGCAUUGAACUGCUGACAUUGAUCUUGGAAAAUGAUCCUGCUACAUCAGAUGUAGCUAAGUCUCACAGCCGCUGGAUAUACAUCAACCUUAUGCGACAACUCUUACCAUUAGGAGAAGAAGAGAGACAAGAAUGGAUAGUUGAGCUAUUCAGCGGCAAAAAAUACACUGUGGAGUUCUUCGCAGAGACAAUGGUCGAAAGCGGUAUUUGGAUGGAAUCCGAAGACGAAAAUGGAUUCACGUUCUUCUCUAUGAAUCGACAAAAAGAAUCGAACUUUCGCAAAUGGCUCUUGCAACCAAGAAUUCAGGAGAUUUAUAAUGGUGAAGUAAUGGGAUGCCUGCAUCUAAUUGCGAAGAAAAGCAUUGAAGGAUCCGAUUAUAUAUCAAAGAAAGGUCCCAAAUCGAAAUACAAAGUCGUCACUCCAGAUUGGCAAAUGGAAUUCAUCGAAACCAAAAAACAGCUCGCACAAUCACAAUCCCUUAUUGAAAGUCUACAAGAAACGGUACAAACAGCGAAUGACAUCAUAGAUAACCAAGGCACCGUCCUCGAUAAUACGAGGCAGCAAUUGAAAGUGGCACGUACGGCUAACGCAAGAUCGGAAAAGGUGUGGAUGAAGAGAUAUAAGAAGUUCUUCAAGCGUUCAUGGAGCUAGGUGGUUUCAAGGAAUUGGGAUUGGCAUUUGUGGGGGAUGGAGUUAUGGGAAUUUCGACUAUGUGGGAAUAGGAGUUUUGUUGUAUGUUUUGGGACUUGGGGGUGAGGCUAUCUGAAUACUUGUCAUGACUACCCAUGUACAUUAAUUAAACAUGUCGAUCUGCAACAAUUCGUUUAAAGAGUAUUCUAGAUUGAUUAAAGUGUUGUGGGAGAUUUAGGGUGGUCCAGAAGUGCGAAGUAGCCUGGAGCUAAGGAGAGCUAGAGAAAAGAACUAGAGCGACCUCGAGAGCUAAAGGAUUCAUAGACUUUCUUCCGUUGAAAGACUUGUUAGGGCUUCCCUUG